UUGACUUCUCUGCGGACAGUUGUACAAGUGAGCAUGUCUGUUGAGGAAGGUGGUAGGACAUAGAUAGAGCAGCGGUGAGCAGCAAAACUAAAAUUCCCGACUUCUGAUUCUGAGUGCUCAACAAUGGAAAGCGUAACAGCUACUUCGUCCAUACGCUGCUCUUCUUUCAUUCAAUCCUCAAUCAAUAUCAAUGGCGGAUUCUCUCAACAAAUUUCCCUUCCCCAUUACUCUCACCCUCACACAUGCUUCUCAACUUCUCAUAUUAAACUCCGAAGCUUGAUUUUCCGUCCCAUUCUCCGUCGUCGUCGGUCCUCCCAUUGCUUUAUUUGUUGCAGUAACCAUCGCCAUACUCCCGAUGACCCCUCAUCCGAUCGAAUUGCUGUUCUUCUGGAAGUUGAUGGGGUCCUCAUUGAUGCUUAUCGCUCUGGGAACCGUCAAGCCUUUAAUGUAGCAUUUCAAAAGCUUGGAUUGGACUGUGCAAAAUGGACUGAACCUAUAUACGCAGAUCUUUCAAGGAAGGCCGCUGGUAAUGAGGAAACAAUGCUUUCGUUGUACUUUAACCGGAUUGGGUGGCCAACAUCUUUGCCCACUAGCGAAAAGGAUACAUUUAUGAAAAGCGUGUUAGAGGAAAAGAAGAAGGCAUUGGGUGAAUUUUUGAGGACAAAGAGCACACCUUUACGACCUGGAGUUGAAAAAUUUAUUGAUGAUGCAUGUGAAGAAGGCAUAUGCGUUGUAAUUUUGACAGCAUUGAGUAAGUUUGGGGAAGAGACAGCAAGAGCUAUAGUUGAGAAGCUUGCACCCCAAAGGAUGUCGAAAGUAAAAGUACUUGGGAAAACAGAGAAAAAAGAUAGUUCGUAUGCACAACUUGUACAUGGUGUAGAAAAAUAUUCAGGUCAGGAUGAGAAACUUGCUAAUGAAGCAAGUAAAGCAGUUGCUGGUGAGAAAAAAAGGAUAGCUGAGGAGGUGGCUUCCAUGCUAAAGCUGCAUGUUGACAUCAAUACCGGAACACCUAAAAGUUUGCAGGAGACAGUGACUGCACUUCGAGCAGGCGCAGAAACUGCAGAAGCGCCGAUUGAAAACUGUGUGCUUGUUGCUGGAAGCAAACCUGCAAUCGCUGCUGCUGAGAUUACAGGCAUGCCUUGUAUCGUACUCAGAAACAGCUUGACAUCCCGAGCUGAGUUCCCAUCCGCAGUUGCUGUCAUGGAUGCUUUUGGAGAUGUAGACCUUACAGUUUCUAAGCUACGAUCAAAAUUGUCAAAAUUGUCAUCCUCGUGAUCUGCCUUCUCUCUAUGGAGUUCCAUUUCCUCCCUCUUCUCCUUUCCCGGGCAUUGGAAAGGGUUAGCUUCUCUGUUGAUUUAUGCAAAUUGUAUGCUGCACAAUACCUCAAUGCCUUCAUGUUAGAUGGCUUCCGGCUGUGCUUUGUUGGCUGUCGGCUGUCGGUUAAUAUGUGCAGUAUAAACCUUCAAACGUUAUUGUAACGGAUAUUUAUGUGUUUUUUUGGUUCCUUUUGUUGGUUGCUUAAUGAUAAACUCUGCAUAGAAUUAAUAUUGUUUGUUUAUACCUAUUAAUUUUCAUAAAACUGGAUUAAAUAUACUGUUUUUAAGGCUUUAA